AUGGCAAACCAGGGCUUCGACGCCCCCGGCGCUUUCCCUUCAAGCUUCGGCCAAGACGCCGGCUUUGGCGAAGACGCCAGCCAAUCCCAGUCCCAGACUAUCGCAGGUGACACCCAAGGAUCCAUGAUGCCCCCGCCUCUGCCGACAUCCAAUCGGCGACGCGAGAGCUCACUCUUUCCGACACCGGCAGCUUCCAGCAACCGGCGACGCGAGAGCUCUUUCCUGGUGUAUUACCCGCCACUUCCCCAGCCAGUAGGUUCAGACAGCGGUCGCGAAGAACCCCAAAUCCUGGACGAUGACAAGUACAUCUACAUCGAAAUCGGCGACGUCACUAUAGAAGCUUUGUGGGAUGACUCGUGCAAGGCGCGCAUCCUCUUCUAUAACCAAGACAACAAGCCCCGUGAUUGGGUCGAGUUGCAGCAACACGACGACAGCGCCGACGAUGGCAAGACCAAUGUAAAGUCAUUCACGAUCCGGGUAGGUCAAGACCGCCCUACCGGCAACAUCAACACUCCGUACCGUGGAUUCACUACCUCUACAAUCACCAACGUAGACAACUUUGGCAAGCAGGUCGCGGACCGCCCCCGCGACUGGCAUUUCUACGUCACAGGGCUCCUCACGGUACUCCGCAACGCCGCCCAUACCAUCGAACUCAAGAACCAGCGUAUUGAGGAACUGUCCGAGACUGUCGAUCAGUCUCAGGCCGUCGAUGGUGUUAGCCGCGACGUUUACCAGGCCAAGUGCAAGGAAUUCAAGAAGCUUGAGAAGGCCAUGACUCAGCUUCAGGCCUCCGAGGAAGGCAGACUUGCAGGACACCCGACAUACAAGGCUAUGGUCGCCGAACGCAACGCCGCCAUCCUCGAGGUGGACGAGCUCAAAGAGCGUUUGGAAAACAUGGUCGACGCCGCCGCCUUCGACGCCCUGAACAAGAAGUUCGAGAAGGCUGACGGCGAUGCGGACGCAUGGUACCACAAGUAUAACCGUGAAGUCAAGGACCACGAUGACACGGCAGACGGACUUGAUGAGCUCCGCAAGGCUAAGGACCAGGAGGUCGAGCGCCUCCAGCAGCGCUUCGACGAGAUGGCUCUCAGUCUGCAGGAAGCUCAACGCGAGAACAAGGUCUGCCUCACCAAGAUCCUCUCUUACGAGCCCACCUACAAGGCGUACUCCUUCCUCCAACGCGAGCGACACGAGCGACUGGACUCUCACCAGGACCGCUCAGAUCCUCCUCCAGCGCGCCCCGAUCCUAGUCAAGGGCGCCCAGACUACCGUCGGGACAACGAUCGUCGCACCCGUCAAGGCACCUCUCCCCUGCGCGAUCCCCGAGACGCCCGAGUUAGUCGUGACCGCUUCUUCCAGAACUUAGGAACGGGCCCGGCUCGCACCGCGCCUGCCGACUUCCCUCCGCAGGCUCCGAACCCAUACGGCGCUGCUCCGUCCGGCCCUCACACCUUUUCACCGCCGCCGCCUGAUGGCCCACCAGGUGGCGUCUAUCCUCCUGGGAUGGCGCCUACAUCAUACAAGAUGCCCGACAUCACUGAGUUCCGCGGCGACUCGGACCAGGACUACGAGCGAUGGCGUGAGACGGCUGUGGACAAGUGUUCCACCAUCCCGGACCCUGCCCUGCGCGUAGUUUACCUGAAGCGGUACAUUGCCGGCAAGGCCUGGCCCAUCAUCAAGAAGAUGAAGGCCACCAACUUCAUGGACUAUCUUGACGCGCUCGACGGCACCUACCUCACCUACGACCAGUUCGGGGAGGCCGAGACUGCCCUCAUGGACGGCAGCCUGCGCCAGAAGUCAGGCGAGACCUUCGCCGCAUGGCAGGCCCGGUUCCUGGGAGUAGCAAACGUACUCCACACUUACCCUACACGCACUCUAGUCAAGAAGGCGCGCGGCCUCAUGAAUACUCGACUCGGGAACGCAAUGGCGACAGUCCCCAAUGACAACGAGACCCUCGCUGAGUUCCUCCGCCGCGCACGGAGCGUUGACGAGGCGUCGCAGGACGUACAGAUCGGCAAGGCCACUACCGCCGCAUCCUCCACGACUAAGCCCCGCCGACGGGCCCCAGGCGACCGCUCCCCCGAACGCAAACAACGCUCGAACCGACAUACUGAGCGCAAGGUUCAGGAUGCGCGAACGGUCGACGAGAAGCGCAAGCUCCGAGAACACGAUGCUUGCUACAAGUGCGGCAAGAAGGGCCACACUCAGUUUGACAAGGACGCUCCCUGUCGGGGCAAACCCAUCACGCCCUCCGGCGACAUCCCCUUCCUGGCAGCCCUCGACGUCGACGACGAAGACGAAGACACAGCUGAGGAGUACAACGACGUCGUCGGCGGUACCGACGAUGAGGCGGAUUUUUAG